GUAGCGCCCCAAACAAAGCACGCUCCUAUGAUCCUCACCCUGCUCUGCUCUCCCGCCUACCAAAGCGAGUCCACGAAAUUUUUCCCGCGCGACGACACCAAAUUCCCCUUCCCCCCACCGCCCGCGCCUCUCGUCCGGCCGAUACCACUAGACAAACGCCCACCGCGCGCGAUCUGCCGUCCCUGCCGGUCCCAGGCUCCAAGCAGUGACAGAUCCGGCCCUGUCCUCGAGCGACGUUCCGUCGAACAGGUCGCGCGCGGCGGCGGGAGGGCUGGAGGGAGGGGGAGCAGGAUGUACGCGAGGCGCGCGUCGCAGCUGCUGAAGGAGCUCGACGCCUGCGAGCCCGGCCAGCUCGUCGUUUUCAACAGCGAUGUAUUUGAUCAGGUCAUUAGAGAGUGCGGUGAGCACAAUGCACAGUUUCAGGCAUUGAUCAGAAAAAUGGUGGAGCAAAACUUAGACAUUGAAACAACAAGAAACGAAGACCACUAUGGUGCAGCUAUUCACCAUCUCUCGCUGCUCCGCAACAAAAGAUGCCUUAUGGCUUACAUGUACAACCGAGCAGAAACUAUUCGGAGUUUUAGAUGGAAAAUUGGUCCUGUGCUUCCUCAUGAAAUACAAGAAAAGCUCAAUUUUUCAGAAAAGGAGUACUUCAGGAGCCACUCUACAGCCAUUAAGUCAUAUAUCUCAGAGAUGGAUAUAGAUUUAACAGUGGACAUGGUACCCCCCAAAGAUCCUUAUAUCCAGGUACGGGUGCUGGAGGACAUUGGUGAAGUAUCUCUUGGUGACCAUUCCGUAUCAUUGACCAAAAACUCACUCCAUUUCCUUAGGCGCACAGAUGCAGAACAAUUUAUAUCACAGGGUCUCAUGGAAGAAUUUCUGGAGUAGCGAUCACAUAUGGUGUAAAAUAGAUUUUAAGUACUACCCACAACAUUUUCUUCGCUGCUGCUGUCUGAUGGAAUAAGCCCUCUUGAGGUUCUGAUUGGGACUGCGAGAAAAGGAAAGAGCAUAUGCCAUCUUCAGAUGUGAAAGCACGAGGCAACACAAGGGAUUGUGAACUGUGGAGCUCCAGCCUAGUUGUUAGUGAUGACUUGUAGUUUUUAGAUGAACGAAUUAAUAGUGUUGUAUUAUGUUGUGACUGAUUUUUGUUUUUGUUUGAGGAAUCGCUGUGACUGAAUUUAAAACUUCGUAAAACUGUACAAGCAAUUUUCCUAUAAUUCAGGCAGUAGAAAGAUGACAAGUUCUGUUUGCUUAUAAUGACAAUUCAAUCUCAACCUUGAA